CCUAGGAAACGGCAAAAUGGCUUCCACUAGAUUGACCUACCGCCGCAGGCAGGCAUACAACACCCGGUCCAACAAGGUCCGCGUCAUCAAGACCCCUGGUGGAAAGCUCCGGUAUCUUCACAUCAAGAAGAAGCCCUCCGCGCCGAAAUGCGGUGACUGCGGUAUCAAGCUGCCGGGUGUUCCCUCUCUCCGGCCCCGCGAGUACGCUACCGUCUCUCGCCCCAAGAAGACCGUCCAGCGCGCCUAUGGUGGCUCAAGAUGCGCCAACUGCGUGAAGGACCGUGUCGUCCGUGCCUUCCUUAUCGAGGAGCAGAAGAUUGUCAAGAAGGUGCUCAAGGAGUCGCAACAGAAGAAGCGCUAAAUUAAGUAGUGGGAUUUGGGGCGUUGCAAUUGUCUUGGGUGUCAAUGGGUCGACAUGACUCGCGGGCUGUGACUAGAGUUUCAGUCUUUGUUAGCACCGGAAA